CAUGAAUUUCUCUGACCAUACUAAUUUUAUUUUUUUGUAUUAUGCAUCAGGCAGGACAAGACAACUGUACAAGUUGCAGAACAAGUAACUAGUUUGCACACUCUUUUGGCAAACACUGACGCCACCUACAGGUCCCCGGCUGCUAUUACAACAGGUACGCUCACUAUUUGAUCUUUUUUUUAAUGAGCCCUUUCUAGUGACGUCAGCAGCUGUAAGCCACACUUGUGCUUGAGUGAGGAGAUGGUUUGUCUGUUCUAGACGGUCCAACCCAUCUCCGAGUCCUUCCCCUCUUCUUAGCUACUCACUGAAGAUUUUUGAGUUCAUCCAAGCAACUGCGGCGUCCAGCCAAGUGGCUAAACUCCCUUUUUUGCUCAUACAAGAGGCCCACUAAAGCUCCAAGGUGUUUCCCAAUCUGUCCCCCAGCGUAGGAGGGAGAGGAGGGCGCCGAGGUAUGAUGAUCGACCUGAACUUCCUGACGGAGGAGGAGCGUCUGGUCAUCAUGACCGUGCUAAGGAGGGACGCCCAACUCAAGCAGGCCGACGAGCAGAGAAUCAGGAAGCUGGAGAGCAUCGUGAGCCAAGGUCCAUCGUCAGACUCCAAGUUGAAGUACCUGACGGGCCAGUGGUUCUACGAUGCCAAGUCUCGCAGGCAUAUGGACAAGAUCCAUGGCUCUGAAAUCAUCUUGGCCUCCAUGAAGCAAAGGAGUGCUUCAGAAGGCUGUUAUAGACCGGAAAGAUUGCGAGCAUUCAAGAGUCCAAGUUCUGACGUGGCGGUACCACAGAAACCUGCCAGAGGUUUGGACAUGCCACGGGAAUUCAAUAAUCUUAAGAAAGAAGAUCUGGUGUCAGCAGUCCAUUCUCCAAGAAUGACAAGACCGAACCCUUUUAAUCGAGCUUCCCUCCUUGUUGACGAACCAGCUGAGUUCACUAAAACAGAUCCCACCUCCCUCCCGAAGUAUCAGCAAGCAAGGGGGAGCAGUCAGACAUCGGGGAACUCCGCGACAUCCGAGGGCUCCUCUAAACCCAUCCCCAAAAAGCGGACAUUCGUAACAAAGGCACCCCUGCACCUUCAGGUCGCUCCUGCCCCAAGACUAAACCUCUAUCAGAACUCCAGUGGAAGCUCCAACCGAUCCAAGGGUGAAGUCGUGGUAUCGGCCCACCCGUCUGCAUCUGCGAUAAUUCCUCAGCAGGGUUCUCAGGCUUUAUCUUAUUCCAGUCUGGUGGAAAAUGGAACGCUAUCUUUUAUUACAGCUCACAGACACACAGAACAGAUGAUCAAGGAUAAUUUCACACGAGGACGGCAUCAGACCGUAGAAAGAAUCCUGGAUCAUGAUCCAGUCAUUGGCGGCAGUGAGAUAUCAUCCGUGGAGGAGCCAGGGUGGCAAAGAAACGCAGAAGCUCCGAUAUCCUAUGACAUCAACUUUAUUGAGUCCUCGAAGCAGAAGACACAGAGGAGCUCCCAACAGAAACGUUCGUUCAAGUUGACCAACAGUCCCACCGGCGACGACGAGGAUUCCAUCUCGAAAGUGCUCGAUUGGUUCAACCGUAGAACCGAUAGCAGCAAUUUGGUGAACGGCAAAGAGGUCUCGAGGGAGCCGGACGGACACCGUGAGACGGCAGCGAUGGGAAGCGAGGAGGUCUUCAAGAAAGAUAUUCAGGAAAAAGAAAUAUGGACGAGUCAGCCGGAAGGAACAGCCAAUGAGACCAUGAACGAUAUGAAAAAUGAUGACAUCACCGGGAUGAAAUUGUUUGGGGAAAGCACGACGCCUGUGAUACCUGGAGACAAAACCCAGACAAGAGAAGGAAACGAGAAGAGGCCAAACAUACCCUCUGUCACAAAUGUAGUCAAUGCAAGUCAGCAUGUGGGAUUGAAACAGGACCAAGACUUAGACCGUUCUAAUUUCAGGAACUACGCAUACCCUGAAAUCGCUAAUCCCCAAGUAGCUGACAGGAAAGGUUCUGACGUUGAGCUUUUAUUUGUUGAACCACUAGUGCCAAAAACACCUCUGCGGUCCAGUCCAGAUGGAAAAGGGGUCUCUUUAAAUCAAGCAGAAACCCUUCAACAGUUCAGAGAUAGCCCGAGUCCAGAGUCAGAGCAUACGUCUCAGUUAACAGACCUCAAGAACAUCUGCAAAACACCGGAGAAUCCCAGCAAAGACUGCGAGCAGUCACCCAAAGCAAAAGACACAGAGAGUCCUCAAAGACAAAAAAGCACAGCAGAGAAGAUCAAGCAGCUCAAAACGUUCUGGGAGCAGGAGGCAGGCAAACCAACGCUUAAUGGCGCUAAACACAAAAGCGUGCGGGGUGCAAAGAUGACCAAGAGAUUCACCAAAUCGGAGUUUGACUUACGGACCAUUGGCAACCACUCAGGCAGCGACGGCGAAGGCUCCAAUCGAGACAAUUUGACCGGUCUGCCUCUAAAUCAGACAAUCGAUCAAAUGUCGCCCUCCCUCGGUGGGAGCCGAGCCCAGUUUAGCAGCCUGCUGGAGUUCUGGGACGAAACCACCGCAGAUCCCAAAAGCCCCAAAAGGCAAAUCAACACUCCACAACCACCCGAAGAGUUAGGUUCGUCCCAGCCCGAGCCUCGCUCCUUUGAAGCAUCUCACGUCUCAGCCAACGACCCAAAAAAGAACCUGCCGGCGUCUGCUCAACCCAAAGAACCCCAAAAGAUCUUGAAAGACUCAAGCAGGGUCGAUAAAACUGCAAGACCGCCACCAACUCCACCUAGGGAGGUUCGCGCUCCCAAAAGAAGAAAGGACAGCUUCAGCCAUUCCAGCGGUCGCGGGAGGUCUCUGCGUCGAGCCACCAGUAUGUUCGCUCUAGUGGACCCGCAAGAACCGACGCUUAAGAGCCCCGUCAGCCCCGUCCACUCCCAAAGCAGGAAGCCGAGCGGCGAUGGCGCUCAGAGCGUCAAGGGAACCGAGACCCCCCUGGCCAGGGCUUUCGUACCCCGAGACUACAGCCACUACUUGGGGAUGGCCAACGAGCCGGGUACCCUGCCUCCCGAGGCGGAAAUUUCCGAGAGUUUCGGCGGACCUGUGAGGACCAGCACUCCCACGGGCUCCAAGAAGAACUUUAAGCCCGGCCCACGCCAGGCGAGGAUCAAUUACAGCAGCCCAGAUGCUGAUCCCGAGUCUCCUCUAAGCAACACGUCCGAAUCCUUGUCCAACUCCAGGAAUAUUUUCAAAUGCAAAAAUAUCGAGGAUGAGGAGAAUCCUGUGAGGAAAGCGCUGAAGCGAGCAGAAGCUAGACCUAAAGGUCUUGCUAAAAGUAUGGAGGACCUGGUUGGGUCUUUGUCACCAACACAAGAGAGACGGCAAGAGCCGAAACCAAACACGAGGCGAACCACCGACGACGCCACGACGCCCCCUUCUCCACGCCCGUUCUCGGAGCAAGAGCGCCUGAAGAAGAUGAGCAAGUCGGUCCCUUCGUUCUUGCAGACGGAGUUUAAUGGGAGCGUGAUGACCAUGUACAGCGGUGACUUUGGCAACGUGGACGUGCAAGGCAGCAUCCAGUUCUCCAUCAACUACGUGCAAAAGCUCCGAGAGUUCCACAUCUUCGUGGCUCAGUGUCAAGACUUGGCGGCCGCUGACCUCAAGAGAGGUCGCUCGGACCCCUACGUCAAAAGUUACCUCGUUCCUGACAAAUUGCAUCUGGGAAAAAAGAAAACAUCUGUGAAGAAAAAGACGCUUAACCCGACUUUUAAUGAGAUCCUCAGGUAUCACAUUGGCAUAGAGUCUCUCAAGACACAGAUGCUGGUUCUCUCCGUGUGGCAUCACGACACGUUUGGCCGCAACACCUUCUUGGGUGAGGUGGAUGUGGACCUCUCCAAGUGGGACUUUGACCACACCCGCAUGAACGACUUGCCUCUCAAAGCCAAGACAAGAACAACUCUGGCAUCUUUAAGUGGCCGAGGAGAGAUGAGAUUGGCUGUCCGCUUCCUUCCUAAGGUCAUCUACGGUGAAGCUAAGCAUGUUCCCAGAACAGGAGAGAUUCACAUCUGGGUGAAAGAAUGCAAGAACUUGCCUUUAAUCAGAGCCACCAUUGACCCUUACGUCAAAUGCUUCGUGCUCCCCGACACGAGCCGCAAGAGUCGUCAGAAGACGCGCGUGCUGAGGAGGACGGCCAAUCCUCUGUUCAACCACACCAUGGUGUACGAUGGCAUCAGGGCGAUUGACCUGACCGAGGCCUGCGUGGAGCUCACUGUCUGGGACAGGGACAAGCUGGCCAGCAACCUGCUGGGCGGAAUCAGGCUCGGAACCGGCACGGGAAGGAGUUACGGGUCGGCCGUGGACUGGAUGGACUCCACGCCCGGCGAAGUGGCGCUGUGGGAGCGCAUGGUGGCGUUGCCCAACGAAUGGGCGGAGGGAGUGCUGCCCCUUCGCUUGCUGAGCUCUGCCAAAACGGCCUUCAAAUAACUACAAGUACAUCACUCUUGUCAUAGCGCUUUCGCAAAUAACAUUCGCAAAAACUAUAAGCCCAAGGUCAUGAUGUCUUCUUGACAUACAUUCCAUACAAGGCGAAGAAUUCUUUUCUAUUCACUUUUUCAACGGGCCGAAGAUGAACAAAAGA